AUGUUAAAAUUUAUUCGUAAUAAAGUUCAAGAAAAAAAACUUCAAGAACUUGAAAAAAGUUUCAAUAGAAAAGUUCCUGAAGAGAUUGCCACGAAUCCAGAUGUUGUCAAUCUCAUUUUAAAAUAUCUAAAAGAUAAAGAAAACAACGAAAUGCCGGCACUCAUAUUUAUCUGGAAUAACGCAGGAUUCAAUGAUACAAUGGUACCAAAUUGUCGUAAUGGUGUCAUGGGGCAGACACAAGCAACUAUAAUCGCAAAUCUAGUCACAAAUGGAGCGACAAAUUAUAUGAAUAUGAAUACAUUAUUUAUUUUUCAGAAAGGUGAAGCAAUCGGUAAUUGGUCCAACAACGUGAAGACAAACUUACCUUGGGCAAAACAACAAGCCGGGGUUCCUGAUAUUUGUCAUCAACUCAUAAGAAUAG